AUGAUCUCAUCAGAGGUUUGGACCUGUGUGUGCGUGCCUGCCUGCCUCAGUCAGACAGAGAAGUGCUUUGUCCGUGUCAGUCCCUCUUGGCGGUGGUGUCUGCAGUCUCUCUGUGGUCUUAGUUGCUCCCUUCCUCCCUCCCCCUCUACUCCCCUGUCCCUUUCCAUAUCCUCUAUUGACUAUACUACACAUUCCAGCCGUGAUCAUACACACUUUCACUCUUCUGAUGUGAGAGGAGAGACCAAGCCAGCCUUCCUACUCAAUAACAAUAUCACCUUGUCUGUAACUCUUGGACAGAAUGAAACUUUGGAAAUGGUUGUUUCUUUGAGGCUAUUGAAGCAUAGCUGUUGUGAAAUCUAUUGGAAUUUGAUGAAAUGUGUACCGGAGAGAGAGACUGGGACAGACGGAGCCAGAGGGAAUGAGAGGGAGGGAGAGGGGUGUGUGUUUUUGGCUGGGAUAAGAAAAGAGAUGGUUGGUCAGGAAUCUGAAUGAAGGACAGUGGGAGGAGGAACACAUGACGUUCAGAAGUCUCUCAGAGGAACUGAAGCAUUCUUUGAGCCCAUGCUUUGGUGCAGUAAGUUGGGUUAUUGAUAAUAGAGCAAUGGUUUGGGUUUAUCUUGGGCUCUGGGGGUUCUUGUUGGGGUGUAGCCCCUCACAGCUGCGGGGACAGGUUAUUCUAGGUAAGGGGGAAGUGUGUGGAGGGGCAGUGGAGGGCCAGUGUGACACCAACCUCACAUGUGUGUCUGUGAAGCCCGCUGACAAGGAGCAAACACCCAGUGCUGGACUCUGCAGCUGUGAGUCUCUACCUGUUACUAUUCCUAAUAUGUGUGUUCCAUUUUUGUACUUUUAUUUGUUUUAUUCAUGAGUGUAUUUGAAAAGCAGUUAGAUAAAUUGUUAUUUGCGUCCACUAUUCAACUCUACUUUGGCUAUGACAAUGGUAUUAGAGUAUUAUAACUAAUUACAGAGGUGCGUGCAGUGCAUCAUAUUGUCUCUAUCUCCCAUAGCUCCCCUUGCCCCAGGCUGUGUGCCAUGCUCUGUUGUACUGUGUCCCAGUGCCAGGCGAGUCUGCCCUGGGGGACACGUCACUGAGCCAUGUGGCUGCUGCCCACAGUGUGCCCGUCAGAUGGGCCAGGUGUGUGGAGGCCCACACUGGGAGAAAGGCUACUGUGACAGAGACCUCACCUGCACCCUGUUCACCGGACGCAGCCCUGCCAGACCCCCACACACUGGCGUGUGCAAAGGUAAGAGGAUUGAUUCUAACAGAUGGGGCUUAAGAGGGCACAUUGAGGUACGGCCCUUGUACAAAUUCUAUUGUUAAUGGAAUUUAAGCAUUGUGUAACAGCCACCAGUGAUGAAAGUGGUGCAGGGUUGUGUAUUAUAUAACAGCAUUCAUUUGUUAAUAGGUGACUGUGUAGGUCUGCCUAUAACCUACAUAUUAACAUUUAUUACAUAUCUACAUAUAAAUUUAGCUGUUUUUUCUAUACAUCGGCAGGACAGAACGGUGGCGUCGGGUAAGGUUAGGGGGGAGGGGUGUGUCUCUGUUAACACCUGGUUCGCUAUCUCUAAUAUUAAGGAAGUCUCGAGGUUCUGCUCGUCAGAGUUAGAAUACCUCAUGAUAAGCUGUAGACCAUACUAUUUACCAAGAGAGUUAUCUAUAUUUUUCAUAGCUAUCUAUUUACCACUACAAACCGAUGUUGGCACUAAGACCGCACUCAACGAGCUGUAUAGGUACAUAAGCGAACAAGAAAAUGCUCAUCCAGAGGCGACGCAGGGAAUGCAGGGAAACUGAAAUCUGUUUUACCUCAUUUCUACCAGCAUGUCACCUGUGCAACUAGAGGCGAAAACACUCUAGAUCACCUUUACUCCACACACAGAGACUCAUACAAAGCUCUCCCUCGCCCUCCAUUUGGUAAAUCUGACCAUAACUCUAUCCUUCUGAUUCCUGCUUACAAGCAAAAACUAAAACAGGAAGUACCAGUGACACACACGCUUAAUACGGAAGGGGUUCUGAUGAAGCGGAUGCUAAACAACAGGACUGUUUCGCUAGCACAGACUGAAAUAUGUUCCGGGAUUCACCUGAUGGAAUUCAGGAGUUUACCACAUCAGUCACCGGCUUCAUUAAUAAGUGCAUCGACGACAUCGUCCCCACAGUGACCGUACAUACAUAUCCCAACCAGAAGCCAUGGAUUACAGGCAACAUCCGCACUGAGCUAAAGGCUAGAUCUGCCACUUUCAAGGAGUGGGACACUAAUCCGGACGCUUAUAAGAAAUCCCGCUAUGCCCUCCAACGAACCAUCAAACAGACAAAGCGUCAAUACAGGACUAUGAUCGAAUCCUACUACACCGGCUCUGAUGCUCGUCGGAUGUGGCAGGGCUUGCAAACUAUCACGGAUUAUAACGGGAAACCCAGCCGCGAGCUGUCCAGUGACACGAGCCUACCAGACUAACUAUAUACCUUCUAUGCUCGCUUCAAGGCUAGCAACACUAAACCAUGCAUGAGAGCACCAACUGUUCCGGACGACUGUGUGAUCACGCUCUCCGUAGCCGAUGUGAGUAAGACCUUUAAACAGGUUAACAUUGUGAGAGAAAAAUUUACAUGUAACAUGUUUACCUGCUUUGUUUAAUAUUAAUAGUUAACAAUUAUAUACUGUUCUACUAAUGCUGUGUUUUUGUAAAGGGAUGGUUUCUACUCCAGCUCCCUGCAGCUAGUCUAGGCGUGUGGUCAAGGACAUGGGUUUUACUCGAGAUAGGGGUAUAUGGAGCUGACAAUUGAUUUAUGAAUGGCUAGGUGAUAAAACCAUCAGCCACAUUCCAUUCUAUGAUUAGUAGUGUGUGAAAGGGAGAUGUCUCUGGUCUGACUGAGCCUGCAUUUUCAUAUACUGAAUUGGUGUUUGUGUAAUGUAAGGUACCAGGGAGAGAUGGCUCGGGUAUGGAUCUUGGGGGCCAAACCCUGGUUCCCAUACAAUGAGAACAGUCUUCACCGCAGAUACUGUCUGCUGUGAAUUAUUCAUUUCGUUCAUACAAAUCCUAACCUUUUGACUCAUUCCACACAUCUGCUGUUUGUCAUGUAGACUGAGAGGGUGUAUCUUUGCUAUAAAAUAUAUUUGUAUUGUCUGUAUGUCAGAGCUCUCGGCCCAACACUCAAGAGUGUUGGGUCGACCAGCCUCACUUACUACCUUAUUAAUACGUUUCGAAUAAAGUAAUAUCCUGAUUGGUGAUUGACCUUUUCUCUGCUCAUUAUUGAUUACAAUUUCCACGACAACAAUUCGGAUUACCAUGACGCAUACUCAGAAAGUGUCUUCACUGACAUUUUCAACCUCUCCCUGACCCAGUCUGUAAUACCUACAUGUUUGAAGCAGACCACCAUAGUCCCUGUUCCCAAGAACACCAAAUAAUAAUCUAAAUGACUAUCGCCCCGUUGCACUCACAUUUGUAGCUCACAUCAACACCACCAUCCCAGACACCCUGGACCCACUCCAAUUCAUAUACCGCCCCAACAGAUCCACAGAUGACGCAAUCUCUAUUGCACUCCACACUGCCCUUUCCAACCUGGACAAAAGGAACACCUACGUGAGAAUGCUGUUCAUUGACUACAGCUCCCCAUUCAACUCAAACUCAUCACUAAGCUAACGACCAUGGGACUGAACACCUCCCUCUGCAACUGGAUCCUGGACUUCCUGACGGGCCGCCCCCAGGUGGUGAGGGUAGGUAACAACACAUCUGCCACGCUGACCCUCAACACAGUGGCCCCUCAGAGGUACGGGCUUAGUCCCCUCCUGUACUCCCUGUUCACACACGAUUGCGUGGCCGUGCACGACUCCAACACAAUCAUUAAGUUUGCCGAUGACACGGCGGUGGUAGGCCUGAUAACCGACAACGAUGAGACAACCUACAGGGUGGAGGUCAGGGACCUGGCAGUGUGGUGCCCGGACAAUAACCUCUCCCUCAACGUCAGCAAGACAAAUAAGCUGAUUGUGGACUACAGGAAAUGGAGGGCCGAGCAUGCCCCCCAUCCACAUCGACGGUGCUGUAGUGGAGCAGGUCGAGAGCUUCAAGUUCCUCGGUGUCCACAUCACUCAGGAAUUAUCGUGGUCCACACACACCAACACAGUCGUGAAGAGGGCACGACAACACUUAUUUCCCCUCAGGAGGCUGAAAAGAUUCGGCAUGGGCCCUCAGAUCCUCAAAAAGUUAUACAGCUGCACCACUGAGAGCAUCGUGACUGGCAGCAUCACCGCUUGGUAUUGCAACUGCUUGGCAUCUGACCGCAAGGCGCUACAUCAUUUCAAUAAUGAUGAGUGAGAAAGUUACAGAUGCACAGAUCUACAUUAAUGUAGAAGUGUUUAGAAACAUAUUCUAUUCUUAUUUAGAAUAAAAAAGUGACUCCAAAAUGACACAAUACAUUAUUUACCAUUCAAUUAUUCUGGGCACAAAAUUAUCUGAAACACAACCAAAACCAACAGGAAAUGCAUCCAACAAAUGUGUAGUCACAAGCUUGAUGUAGUCAUUGCCUGCUAUGAAUAUGGGACCAAAUACUUCACUUUUUACUACUUUAAUACACAUAAGUGUAUUGUCCCAAUACUUUUGGUCCCCUAAAAUGGGGGGGACUAUGUACAAAAAGUGCUGUAAUUUCUAAACAGUUCACCCGAUAUUGCUGGAAAUACCCUCAAAUUAAAGCUGACAGUCUGCACUUUAACGUCAGUCAUUGUAUCAUUUCAAAUCCAAAAUGCUGGAGUACAGAGCCAAAACAACAACAAAAUUGUCACUGUCCCAAUACUUUUGGAGCUCACUGUAUCUACCUAAAUUACCUUGUACCACUGCACAUCGACUCAGUACUGGUACCCUGUGUAUAUAGCCAAGUUAUCAUUCAUUAUUUUUCUAUUAUUUCUCAUUUUUUCUCGCUACAUUGUUGGGAAGGGUCCGUAAGUAAGCGUUUCACUGUUAGAUUACGAAGUAUGUGACAUAAAAUUAGAUUUGACAUAUAUUAUAACAGAUCUUCAAAUAAAAUGUUACCUUUACUAUCUCGUUAUCUCAUCCCAGUAAUCUCACCCUGUCUGUGACUCUCCCCUGUCGUGUUCCAGUGUUACUUGGGCAUCAGGCAGACCCCCUGGCAGACCCCCUAUGCCCAUGGAUGUGGGGCUGCAACGUCAGGGCUGGGGCAUGUGACUGCUACUCCCUACAGACUUGCCACACUGCUUUCUCCUACCACAGUUUGGACCAAUGUCUCAAAACAAUGAGAGGUGAGAUAUAUAGACCUAGGCACCCAUGUAUACGGGCACCCACAUACACACACACACUGAUAUGGUUGGAAAGUACUGUAGCCUUUCAAUGUUUUGUAGAAUAAGCUCCAGCUGUAUGUGCUUUUGGAGUUUUAGGCAUGUGAUUGAAACAUGGCUAUCUAUUUUCCAGGGGAUGAGCUCUGGAGUGAGAUGAAGGAGGAACAAGGGGAGCAGACAUGUGUGGAAUGGGGCUGUGAGCUGCAGGGAAGCCAGUGUGUGUGUAUGGAGAGGAGCUGCUACUCACCCACACCAUUACUCUCUGAAGAAACCUGUGAAAACCUGUUGCGUGAGUUUCACCACAAAAAUCAUAACCAACUGCUGCAACACAAGAGUAAAUCUAUAUUUUGCAAAGAAAAUGGUAUUCAAAAACUAAACGUUAACAUCUGUACAUUCAUCUCUGUUCCUCUUUCUCUCCACAUGUCUCUAUCUCAGAGAGAGCUCGCUGCAGCAAUGUUAACUGCCCUAAGGUCCAAGUCCCUUCCUGCCCUGCUGAUUCCUUCCUCACUGAGCCUUACAUUCCUCAUGGCCAAUGCUGCCCCCUGGUGCCAGCUAUCUGCACAUGCAACUUUGAUAAAUGCCCCUUGGCACCCCCGACCUGUCCUCCUGGCCAGCAAGUCCACCGUGUGGAGAGCAGGGAUGGUAUUCCAGGGGCUUGUUGCCACCGGUACCAGUGUGUGUAGGGUUAGGCACUGCUUAGGCAGCAAAGUGUGAUGAGAUGAUGGGUUGACAGGCAAAGAGAAAGAAGAGAGAAGGGGUAGACAGGCAAAAGGAACGUGCCAGGACAUCACACAGAGCUGGACUCCACUGGUUAAUAGCUGAUGGACUGCAUGGGCAAUUUUAUAUUCAUUAUAGCUCACACAUUGACUACAGUUGUUAUUUCUGAAAUCAUGGCAUCAGUUGCUUUUUUGAGCAACGUAGCCUAAAUGUAACUAAAACCAUUUAACUAAAUUCUAAAACGUCACUGAUAAUGUGUUGGGAGGAAUAGGCUACUGUGGCAGUCUUCGAAUACCGGAUGUCACGUAUUUCAGUGCAUAUUUUCAUAAUAAAGGAAACAAUAGACCCCACUUUUUCUUUUCGUUGUUCUAUUACAGGGUUUUUUUCAAUAACAUGAGUCGUGAUUUAUAUUCUAUGCAUAGCGGUCAUUUUAUUUCAUCCCAGAGGCUAUUCGAUUUUAACAAGUGAGGGAGUAACGCGGAACCUUUGGCAUUUCUGUCUGGGAUUGACGGUCAGAUUUGAGCGACACCCAAAGCACUAGCGUUUCCGGCCAGCUCAGCGCGUACGGAGUGUUGUGUUGUCAAUCUAGCUGCUGCCUGUCAUUAGCUUUCACUUAGCAACACUGUGGCGAUCGCAAGUGGUGGACAAUAACACAUUUGAGUUCCAAAAUGGUGCUGCUGACAAUGAUCGCUCGGUUGGCGGAUGGACUGCCGCUUGCCGCCUCAAUGCAGGAGGACGAACAGGUUCAUAUUUCUGGUUUUCCCUAUUAAUGCCAUGUAUCUUAGCUAGCACUAGCAAUUCAAGCUAUCUGUCGACCCACCUACUAUUGGCAAAUAGUUUGUCGAUAGUUUGCUACGUGUGCAAUAUGGACUUUGUCAUCUAUCUAUGCAGACCUACAUUCUUCAUAAUAAGAUCAUAUUAUAUGUGCGUGAUUGUGUCUGACAUAGAAAUCCAGAUGGACUUAUUCCAGCUGUGUCAGUGACAGGCAGCUAAUCAUCUAAUGGCCUAGCUACAGAUAAUGUGUUUAACCAAAGCUAUUUGGUAUCCAUUGAGUUACAGGAUAGGUACUGUUUGGUGUAACACAGAUCAUUUUCGACCAACCUUAGCUUGACGAUACUUUCUUCGUCCUCGAGUCGUGGAAACAGGAGUCUCAUAAAAUGGCCAUGUCCAGUUGCACGGGGUCCGUUUGAAUUUAGAAAAUGCUCCGUUAUUCAAAUAAAUACUUGUUUUGCUCCAUGAAGUAAUCCAACACUGCCAUCUUGUCUGUUCUCUCAUUGAUCGAGACAGUUGGAUGAACACCCCAAAGUGCCGCAUGUCUUGAUCAAUGAGAGAAGACUUGAAAUAGACAAGAUGGCGGUGUACACGUUGUUGGAUUACUUAAUGGAGCAAAAAUUAUUUAUUUUAAUAAAGGAGCAUUUUCUUAAUUCAAACGGACCCCGUGCAACUGGACAUGGCCAUUUUAUGAUACUCCUGUUUCCACGAAUCGAGUACGAAGACAGUAUCACCAAGAUAAGGUUGGUCGAAAAUUCUUUGUGCUACACCAAACAGUACCUAUCCUGUAACUCCUAGUAAUGGAUACCAAAAAUCUUCGGUUAAAUCACAUUAUCUGGUGUAACAAUCUGUAGCUACUAAUGGCCAGGCUUAGUCAGCUCGUGAGCCAUUUGCUUACCAUUUUGAAUGAUGUUGUAAUACUUUAUCACCUUUGGUUAAUCAAGUAAGUCCAUUGAGUAAAUUCUGCUCUCGAGUUAAUUUGCGAUUUGUGACUGUCUACUGUACUCCCAUAUUCAAAUUAUUCACCUUGUAGCGAAUAAGGCAGCAAUGUAUUGCUGAGUUGCCAUAGGCUACAUGUGAGUCUUGCCACAUGCUGGAAGAACUAUAACAUGUUUCCCUUGCUUUCCUAUCUGCUCUCCCAAAGGGAAGUGAGAAGGUUGGUCUUUUCUCUGCAUUGUAACCGAUGCUUGGAAAUCAUACACAUUGUUCCUGUGAUGUGUCAGUGUUACUGUUUUUACCAUACCCAGACCACCCGCUUCUUUGUUGAUAACAUUUAUAUUGAUCCCAAUCAUUGGUUCAGUGUCCUCUUAAAUCUGCGUGGAUGCUUAACCUCUUGCUCUGUCCUGUGUUUAGGUGGGUCGGGACCUGCAACAGUACCAGAGCCAGGCUAAACAGCUGUUCAGGAAACUGAAUGACCAGAGUCCCACACGUUGCACAUUAGAGGCAGGCUCCAUGUCCUUUCAGUGAGUUCAAACCAGUUAGAGGAAAGACGCCACACACACACACUCUUGGCAAAACACUAGUCAUAACACACCUUUCUCAAAUGUUAUUUUAAAGAGUAAUGACUUGCAAUAAGAAGUAGGUAUCCACUGACCGUUAUGCAUCCCAGACACUGACUCUCAUGUUUCCCUUAUGUUUCUCCCUCCAGCUACGUCAUAGAAAAAGGAGUAGUCUACCUAGUACUGUCUGAAGCAAGCUUUCCCAAAAAACUUGCCUUUGCUUACCUGGAAGACCUGCAGGCAGAGUUCCAUGAACAGCACGGAAAGAAGGUCCCCACUGUGUCCCGGCCGUACUCCUUCAUUGAGUUUGGUGAGAUUCAAUGAAAUAUAUAAUCGUUAGAAACCCUCAAAAUCCUGUCUUUUUUUAUGGAGUUUUUCCCUCUCUGUCUACAGACACCUACAUUCAGAAGACCAAGAAGUCGUACAUAGACAGCCGAGCCCGUAGGAACCUGGGCAGCAUCAACACAGAGCUGCAGGACGUCCAGAGGAUCAUGGUGGCCAACAUUGAGGAAGUAUUGCAACGAGGGGAGGCCUUGUCUGGUAAUGUCUGCUUCUUGUUCUUCCUUCUCAUAGAUUUACAGUGAUAAUGGUUCGUGUAGGUUGAUGUAUAACUGAAACACCUCUAUUAUGCAAACCUUAUCUCCAAUGUCUAACUUGGGCCGGGCUUAUUGCAUUAGCAUAAAUGCACAUCAUUGCAACAGAAUGAUGAUAGGUAGAAUUUAAAUGAUGUUAGGUAGAAUUGACUAGAUUCACUAAUAAAAGGGUGUAUCACUUCUCAGUUACAUACUGUUCUUCAAGCUCUGACGAUAAAGAAUAGUGCUUAAGAGGAAGAGGAAGCAGAUGCCGUUCUCACUUGUGUUAAAUGAAGAUUUGUUCUGGUUUCUGUUCCCUCUCUGAUCACCUGGAUCCACUCCCAUCACAUCCAGCUCUGGACUCCAAGGCCAGUAAUCUGUCCAGCCUGUCAAAGAAGUACAGAAGUGAUGCCAAGUACCUGAACACUCGCUCCACCUACGCUAAGCUGGCCGCCGGAGGGGUCUUCCUUAUGCUCAUCGUCUACGUCCGCUUCUGGUGGCUCUGAGAGAGGAGAGGAGACAGGAGAAGAAGAGCUGAAAGAAGUUUAGCUGUGGUCUUACAUUUUAUCCAAUAUGGGAUCCCUCCUUUUAACACAAGACUGUUGAAGACUUAUUUUCCCCAACUGUCUGUCCAUAUAUCUGUCAUGUAAUUACAAAUGUUAUGUUUUAUUAACAAUUACUAAGUCAUCCUGUAGUGGUUAUACUUUGAGUUGAAAGAGUGUGAGUGUUGCAUGUGAGAAUGUGACAGAGGAAAUGUUUUUUUCCCUGUGUGUGUGUUACAAAAACCUGUAUGAUGACAAAUAUUAUCUUAUCAAUUUAGUUGUGUAUAGCAGUAAGAAAGAAAAAAUAUCUACAUAAUUCUAUUUACCCAGAGGACAUCAUAAGGACUUUGCUGUUAAUAACACUACUUUUAUUAUGUUGGUAUUGUGGUUUGGUGGAGAUUUCUUAAAGGUUAACCUGCUGUUCUGGGGUGAUCAAUCACAUUACCUGUGGUAUUGGCUGCAGAAAUAAUAUUCCUCAUUCACCUUCAUCUUCACACUGAGUGAUUGGAACAGUUUAACACCAGACCAGACACAUUCAUCGGUUGAUGUCUAAAGGGAUCAUCUUUUAUUUUGUAAAUAGUUUACCCAUGUAAAAAAAUAAAAAUCUAGAUGAGAAUUAUAGCUAGUUUAUGUUAUGUAGCUGGCUUAUGCUAAUCAAUGGCUGGAUAGGAUAAUGAAUUUCAACUUCACAGUUUAACCCAUGAAUAAAGUGAUUUGCACAAAAGUAUUGGAUUUCUACUACAGCAUGCAAACUUGCUAACAAAUCAGGAUCAAGAUACAUACUGUACUGUUCUAAUAGAAACACUCGUAUUCCUGUCUGGUGCUUGUUCAU